UUGAUGUGCCUGGGUGGGGUUUGACACUGGCCUGCAUAAAGAGGCCUUAGAAUUGCUGCCUGACACAGGCCCGGGGCGGGGGGCUACCCCAGCCUGGGCUUCCACUGGCCUCUGUCUGUCUGCGGAGGGAAUCUGCUCCCCCAGCUCUGCUCCCCCAGCUCUGCUCCCCCAGCUCCACCUCAGCCGCGCGGGGUGUCAGGAGCCCCUUUGAAAGCCCUCAAAGGCCUCUUUAUACAUCCCCCUCUGACCCUCCCUUCCCUGAGGGAGCUACCAGAGAGUGGGCUCGGGUCGGCUUUCCUUCUCCUCUGCCACUCUGUCUUCUGUAUUUUGGACAAAGUUCAGGCCAAGUUUGUUCCUGUUGCUCAGUUUCAUUUCCCCCAAACUCCCUGCUCAGGGUCCGGUCUGAAUGGGGGCUUUCCAAUCCAGGAGGGUUUAUCUGGGCCACUCACCACCUUUGAGCCGGUAGGAGUUGCUCCCUCUGGAGUUGGGCCUGGAAAGUCCUUGGUGUGUGGGGAGCACGUGGGAGGAGGAGGACCUAAGCCCUCACCUUUGCUUCUACUACUUCCCCUUGCUUUCAGCCAUUCAUUCAUUAGGUAAAUAUUUCCCUGUUCCUUUUCUUGCUGGGGCCCUGGGGGUGCCACAUAUUGGGAUGCAUGAGAGGCAUGUAUCUCCCAGCACCUGGACAGGGGCAGUGAGGAUCCAGUUUCACUGACCUUGCUCAGGGUCCUUGGCCUGUCUGGGUUUUGAUUCUCUUCCCCUAAGGAUGAGGAAGGGUGGCCUGGGGCAGAGCUCCACAAAGGUUCCCAGAGGCCUUGGUAUUCAACUUUCCUGCUGUCUUGCCAAUCGCUGGGUCCAGAGAGGAGGGCAGAUAGUUGGAACAUGAGAGGGUCUUGUCCUAGAAGGCUGCCUCCUGUUCCUUGCCUUUCUGAGAGGUCAGCCCCUCCACUUCCCUCCUCUUCCUUUCCACUCCUUGCCAGGUGAAUGCUGUGAGGCUGGCUCUUCUGGUUGAUCUUGUCUGCCAGACAAAGUGUUCCAGGAGUAGUGGGGCAGGAGGAUUUUCGUCAGAAGCAUCUCCAGGACUAGAGGGUGUAGGGGAGAAUUGGACCCUGUCCUCAGGAGGACAGGGGAGUUCCCCAGACUUGGGGCAGGAGGCCGGGUUCCAACACUGAUCUGUCAUUUGCAUGCUUUGGCAAGAAGCUUGCCCUGGGGCUGCUGAUGGGAGUGGUGGCCGGGAAAGUGGUACUAAAAGACUUCUUGUUCUCAGACCUCCCUGAGCCUGAGAACUGAGAUAGCCUGGCCUCCUCUGUUUGUGCUCCAGGGAUGAAGGCCCUGGAGGGGAUGGCGAGCAGCUGGACUUAGUGUUCGAGUCCACUAUGGUGUCCUUAGCCUGAGGACCCUGGAGUAUGGAUGAAGUCAUAGGCAUUGGGGCACUGGAACGGAGGCAAAGAUAAGAAAAGGGACUUUGGAGGUAGCGUGUGCUUAUGGGGCUGGAACUCCUCAGGCAAUUCUGGGCUGGGCAGAGUCAAGUCUGGAGGUGGCAAGAGUACUCCGGACCCCCUGGGCAGAGUAGAACUCAAAAGAGGGAGGCCAGGCUCUGCAACCAAAGAACAGGGGGUCCUUGGAACUGCUGCCUUUCUAGUCAACUCUUUUCCCCACCUGGCUCAAGCCCUAGUUACCAGGCGGUGUCCCCCUCUGUCACACAGACCUGGAGGACAGUGGUAUGAUCACUGCUUACUGCAGCCUCGACCUCGAAGACUCAAGCAAUCCUCCCACCUCAGCAUCUUGAGUAGCUGAGACCACAGGAUCUGAGUGAUGAGAUGUGUCCCCACUGAGGUGCCCCAUAGCAGCAGGUGUCGAGCAUGGGCUGAGAAGCUGGACCAGCACCAAAGGGCUGGCGGAAAUGGGCGUCUGGCUGACUCCUAGGCAGUUGGCGGCAGCAAGGAGGAGAGGCUGCGGCUUCUGGAGCAGAGCUGAGACGAAGCAGUUCUGGAGGGCUUGAACGGCCCCCUGAGCCCUGCCUGCCUGGCCCACCAUGGUCCAGAGGCUGUGGGUGAGCCGCCUGCUGCGGCACCGGAAAGCCCAGCUCCUGCUGGUCAACCUGCUAACCUUUGGCCUGGAGGUGUGUUUGGCCGCAGGCAUCACCUAUGUGCCGCCUCUGCUGCUGGAAGUGGGCGUGGAGGAAAAGUUCAUGACCAUGGUGCUGGGCAUCGGUCCAGUGCUGGGCCUGGUCUCUGUCCCGCUCCUAGGCUCAGCCAGUGACCACUGGCGCGGACGCUAUGGCCGGCGGCGGCCCUUCAUCUGGGCGCUGUCCUUAGGCAUCCUGCUGAGCCUCUUUCUCAUCCCGAGGGCUGGCUGGCUGGCAGGGCUGCUGUGCCCGGAUCCCAGGCCCCUGGAGUUGGCACUGCUCAUCCUGGGUGUGGGGCUGCUGGACUUCUGCGGCCAGGUGUGCUUCACCCCACUGGAGGCCCUGCUCUCUGACCUCUUCCGGGACCCGGACCACUGUCGCCAGGCCUACUCCGUCUAUGCCUUCAUGAUCAGUCUUGGGGGCUGCCUGGGCUACCUCCUGCCUGCCAUUGACUGGGACACCAGUGCCCUGGCCCCCUACCUGGGCACCCAGGAGGAGUGCCUCUUUGGCCUGCUCACCCUCAUCUUCCUCACCUGUGUAGCAGCCACACUGCUGGUAGCAGAGGAGGCGGUGCUGGGCCCAGCCGAGCCCGCAGAAGCACUGUCAGCCCACUCCCUGCCGCCCCGCUGCUGUCCAUGCCAGGCCCGCCUGGCUUUCCGAAACCUGGGCGCGCUGCUUCCCCGUCUACACCAGCUGUGCUGCCGCAUGCCCCGUACCCUGCGCCGGCUCUUCGUGGCUGAGCUGUGCAGCUGGAUGGCACUCAUGACCUUCACGCUGUUUUACACGGAUUUCGUUGGUGAGGGGCUGUACCAGGGCGUCCCCCGAGCUGAGCCGGGCACUGAGGCCCGGAGACACUAUGAUGAAGGUGUGCGGAUGGGCAGUCUGGGGCUCUUCCUGCAGUGCGCCAUCUCCCUGGUCUUCUCUCUGGUCAUGGACCGGCUGGUGCAGCGAUUUGGCACCCGUGCAGUCUAUCUGGCCAGUGUGGCAGCUUUCCCUGUGGCUGCCGGUGCCACAUGCCUGUCCCACAGUGUGGCCGUGGUGACGGCUUCAGCUGCCCUCACCGGGUUCACCUUCUCAGCCCUGCAGAUCCUGCCCUACACACUGGCCUCCCUCUACCACCGGGAGAAGCAGGUGUUCCUGCCCAAAUACCGAGGGGACGCUGGAGGCACCAGCAGUGAGGACAGUCUGAUAACCAGCUUCCUGCCAGGCCCGAAGCCUGGAGCUCCCUUCCCCAAUGGACACGUGGGUGCUGGAGGCAGUGGUCUGCUCCCACCUUCACCCUCGCUCUGCGGGGCCUCUGCCUGUGAUGUCUCUGUGCGCGUGGUGGUGGGUGAGCCCGCCGAGGCCAGGGUGGUUCCAGGCCGGGGCAUCUGCCUGGACCUUGCCAUUCUGGAUAGUGCCUUCCUGCUAUCCCAGGUGGCCCCGUCCCUGUUCAUGGGCUCCAUUGUCCAGCUCAGCCAGUCUGUCACUGCUUAUAUGGUGUCUGCCGCAGGCCUGGGUCUGGUUGCCAUUUACUUUGCUACACAGGUAGUAUUUGACAAGAGCGACUUGGCCAGAUACUCAGUAUAGAAUACUUCCAGCACAUUGGGGUGGAGGGCCUGCCUCACUGGGUCCCAGCUCCCCACUCCUGUUAGCCCCAUCUGGGGGCUGCUGGGCUGGCCACCAGUUUCUGUUGCUGCCAAAGUAGUGUGGCUCUCCGCUGCCACCCUGUGGCGCUGAGGUGUGUAGCUGCACAGCUGGGGGCUGGGGCUUCCCUCUUCCCCUCUUCCCCUCUUCCCAGUCUCUAGGGCUGCCAGACUGGACACCUUCCAAGUGGGUUUCAGUCUGGACUUCUACAGAGAGGCCAGAAGGGCAGGGCAUUUGAUUCACUCCAUGCACUGGAAUGCGGGGACUCUGCAGAUGGAUUACCCAGGCUCAGGGUUAACAGCUAGCCUCCUGGUUGAGACACACCUAGAGAAGGGUUUUGGGAGCUGAAUAAACUCAGCCACCUGGUUUCCCACCUCCAAGCCACCUUAACUUACAGUUUCAUUUAAUGUAGUCCUUGUGUGGGAGUUUCUAGGAUGAAACACUCCUCCAUGGGAUUUGAAAGUAUGAAAGUUAUUUGCAGGGGUAGAGUUCUGAGGGUCAGUACACAAGAACCGUGUCCCCUCAGUCCACAGCACUGCCUUUUUGCUGAUUCCCCACCACUACCACCACAACUCUCACCUUGGCCUGUUGGUCCCUCUGUUGCCAUCAUAGGGACACAGGCAUUUAAACAUUUAAUUUAUUUAUUUAACGAAGUAGAAGGGAAUCCAUUGCUAGCUUUUCUGUGUUGGUGUCUAAGAUUUGGGUAGGGUGGGAUCCCCAGCAAUCAGGUCCCCUGAGAUAGCUGGGCAUUGGGCUGAUCAUUGCCAGAAUCUUCUCCUGGGGUCUGGCCCCCAAAAAUGCCUAACCCAGGACCUUGGAAAUUCUACUGUUCCAACUGAUUUUCCAAAUGCUGUUACCCAAGGUUAGGGUAUGGAAGGAAGGUGGAGGGUGGGGCUUCAGGUCUCAGCAGCUUCCCUAACCAUCCCUCUUCUCUCGGCCCAGCCUGGUCCCCCCCACUUCCUCUCCCCUCUACUCUUUCUAGGACUGGGCUGAUAUUUUUUUUUUUUUUUUUUUUUUUGAGACAGAGUCUUGCUCUGUUGUACAGGCUGGAGUGCAGUGGUGUGAUCUCAGCUCACCACAACCUCCACCUCCCAGGUUCAAGCGAUUCUCCUGCCUCAGCCUCCCGAGUAGUUGGGACUACAGGUUUGCGCCACCGUGCCUGGCUAAUUUUUAUAUUUUCAGUAGAGACGGGAUUUCACUAUGUUGGCCAGGCUGGUCUCGAACUCCUGACCUCAUUAUCCACCCACCUCAGCCUCCCAAAGUGCUGAGAUUAUAGGUGUGAGCCACCACGCCUGGCCUGGGACUAGGCUGAUGAAGGCACUACCUGAAAUUUCCCCCACCCCCAACUUUCCCCACUGGCUCCACAACCCUGUUUGGAGCUAUUGCAGGACCAGAAGCACAAAGUGUGGUUUCCCAAGCCUUUGUCCAUCUCAGCCCCCAGAGUAUAUCUGGGGAAUCUCACACAGAAACUCAGGACCACCCCCUGCCUGAGCUAAGGAGGUCUUAUCUCUCAGGGGAUUUAAGUGCCGUUUGCAAUAAUGUUGUCUUAUUUAUUUAGCGGAGUAAAUAUUUUAUACUGUAUGUGAGCAAUCAGAGUCUAAUGUUUAUGGUGAUAAAAUUAAAGGCUUUCUUACAUGUUUA